AUGACAUCUGAUAACAACGCGUCCAUCUCAAAACUUGAUAUUCAUCUUAUAAAAUUAGAUAACGCAUAUAGACAAUUAUAUAUAGGAUUAAUCCUUGAUUCAGAUGUUAUAUAUUUAAAAAAUAAUCUUCCAUGGUAUUCUUAUUAUUAUAAAAAAUAUUCAAAAUAUUUAAAUUAUUGGGAUUUAAUUGAUGAAAUAUUAAAAUUACAAUCAUUAUUAAUAUUACAAAAAUCUUUUAAUAAUAUUAUAAAAAAACAAAUUCAAAAUACUUUAUUAAAUGGUUAUAUACAAUUUGCUUCAACUUUUUGGGUUGAAGAAUUAUUAUGGAUUAAAGAUUCAAAUUAUUUAAUACCAAAUCAAGAUGAUUUAUUAUUAUUAUAUAAAGAUUUAUGUAAUGAAAUUCUUAGUAUUAGAUUAUGGUUAAAUUUUAUUAAUGAUAAUUUUCUUAUUUAUAGAAAUGAAAAUCCUAGAGGUUUGGAAUUUCUUGAAAGUUUUGAUGGAAAAUCUUUAAAAGAUUUAUUGGAAGAUUAUAGAAAUAUUGUUUUUAAUGAUGAUAAUAAAUUAAAUGAUAUUAUUCUUGAAGAAAUUGGUCAUAUUAAUUAUAAUUCUUUUACUGAUUAUUAUUUGGAAAUUUUAAAGAUUUUAUUGGAAUAUUUUAUCAAGUAUUCAAAUGAUUAUCUUUUAUCUUUACAAUAA